GGAAAACGUGCGAUGGAUCCACCAAGUCAACCUGUCAGCGAUGAUCCGCCUGGUUUGCAUUUAUCGGAUACCUUUGAUGAGCAACAUACUAGUUUUGGAUUGUUCAAAGCCUAUAAAGAAGGCCAAUUGGAUUUAAAUAUUUUGAGCACACAAGAUGCAAUUUCAGCAACAUCAACCAAUGCAGAGGCUACUUCAGGGACGUCGUCGUCAGCAGCAGCAAUCAGAACAUCGAAUGAUAAUAAUAAUAGUAAUAGUCAACAGAGUGAAAAUUCCAAACAGCCUUCCUUACCAAAAUCUUGGUGUAUGUCUUCCGAAACGAGUCAAUCAGGGUCACCUAAUAAAAAGUUGACUUUAGGUUUAUUUUUCAAACCUAAGCCAACAACAGGCGAUAUAAGCAAUCCGACUAGUGAGUCACAAACUCCAUCCGUUGUACGCGUUCCUGCUGCAACUGUUGCUUCAACAGAGGAAAAUAAAAGCGGUCAAGCAGGAACGCUUUUAUCACGUGGAAAUGCUAUUCUCGUCAAUCAACGUCAGAGAGGCAAUGCUGUCUUGAAGCAGAUACGUAAUGUUGCAUGGGAAUAUGCAGAUGUUGAACCUGAUUUUGUUGUAGGACGAAAUAACUGCGUUUAUUUCUUAAGCCUGCGUUAUCACAAUUUAAAUUCUGAGUAUAUUUUUGAACGAUUACGUCAAACGAAACAACGUUAUCAAUUAUCAGUGCUUUUGGUUCAAGUGGAUGUACCAGAUCCUUACUACCCCUUGAAAGAGCUGUGUAAAAUUUGCUGGACUGAACGAUUAACCCUCAUGUUAGCCUGGUCAGUAGAAGAAGCAGCAAGGUAUUUAGAAGCUUACAAAGCCUUAGAAAAUAAACCACCUGAUGGCCUAAUGGCUGAAUCAAACAACCAAAGUGAUUAUGCUGUACAGGUGACCGACUUCUUAACAUCUGUUCGUCGGAUAACAAAAGCUGACGCGGUAUCUGCAAUGGGAAAAUUCGAUACAGUUGCUGAUAUAAUACGCGCUGAUCAAUCAACACUAGAGAAAUGUCCUGGUUUUGGCCAAUUGAAAGCCCGAAAACUCUGUGAAAUAUUUCGAAUGCCAUUCAUAAAGGAAAAUCGUUAAUACAAUGCAGUGAAGUGAAGUGAUUCACAGGGAAAUUCCUCGUGGAACGUCAGAGAAAAAGAAGUGGAACUCUUUUGAAUUGCAUUUGUCCAUACUUCCUGUACUAUAAUUUAUAUAAAGCAAUUAAUAAAUGCGUCAACUAUUUUUGUAGUAAAAGCUGUCUUUUUUAAUGCUGUACAAAGAAAGAUUCUAG